UGGCUUGUUGCGCUUAGCUGCCAUCUAGUGGUGAAACUAUCGCAUUAACACUUGUUGUUUUGUGUACAGCUAGCUGAUGAGCCAUCAAGUAAAACAAGCUAAAUUUAAUUUGAAACGCAUGAUGACGUCAAACUUAACAGGGCACUGAAAUAAAAAGUCUUGCUAGAAAUGUUUACAUGUAGAUAGCCGGCGGUCAUCGCUGCUGCACGGACUGCUUAAACCCGGACUGCUGUGGAGCAGGGCUGCUUUAGCAGCCAGCCAAGAUGGACACCGCAGACGAAGCCGAUAUCUGCCGGGUAUGUCGGUCAGAGGGGACCCAGGACAAGCCCCUUUACCACCCUUGUGUUUGCACCGGCAGCAUCAAGUUCAUCCAUCAGGAAUGCUUACUGCAGUGGCUGAAACACAGUAGAAAAGAAUACUGUGAAUUAUGCAAACACAGGUUUGCAUUUACACCAAUCUAUUCUCCAGACAUGCCGUCUCGCCUGCCUGUGCAGGACAUCUUUGCAGGGCUGGUCACCAGUAUUGGAACAGCCAUCAGAUACUGGUUCCACUACACACUGGUGGCCUUUGCCUGGCUAGGUGUGGUACCGCUCACAGCAUGUCGUAUCUACAAGUGUUUAUUUACCGGCUCCGUGAGCUCUCUCCUUACCCUGCCAUUAGAUAUGCUUUCAACGCAAAAUCUGCUUGCUGACUGCCUCCAAGGCUGUUUUGUGGUCACAUGCACACUAUGUGCCUUCAUCAGCCUGGUGUGGCUCAGAGAGCAGAUUGUGCAUGGAGGCGCUCCUCAGUGGUUAGAGCAAAAUCAACCCCCGCUGGUUCCUAAUCAGCCCAACGGCCCUGCACCAGCUAAUCAGGGUGUGGGCGGUAACGCUGCAGCCAAUGCUCAGGAUCCUGCAGAUGCUGAAGCUGCCCAGAAUCCUGCAGAUCUUGGUCUAGAUGGGCUGGCGCCUGCCAAUGCGCACGAAGCUGGCAACCAUGAUGAGGCAGAACUGGAUGAUGAUGAAGACGAUGAUGACGAAGGGGAGGAUGACGACGAGGAAGAAGAGGAUGAGGAAGGGAGGGAGGAGGAUGCUGCUGAUGCCAAUAAUGGAGGACAAGAAGAUUUGAACUGGAAUGCACUGGAGUGGGACCGUGCAGCAGAGGAGCUGACCUGGGAGAGAAUGCUGGGGCUGGAUGGUUCCCUAGUUUUCUUGGAACAUGUGUUUUGGGUGGUGUCUCUCAACACACUCUUCAUUCUGGUCUUUGCAUUUUGCCCAUAUCACAUUGGUCACUUCUCAGUGGUUGGACUUGGUUUUGAAGACUAUAUCAAAGCGUCACACUUUGACGGCCUCAUCACCACCAUACUGGGGUACAUCCUCCUGGCUGGAGCCCUUAUUGUCUGCCAUGCCCUGGCUUCAUUAGUGAAGUUCCAGAGGUCCAGACGCCUGCUGGGUGUCUGCUACAUUGUUGUCAAGGUGUCCCUGCUGGUUGCCAUGGAGAUAGGCUUGUUCCCACUUAUUUGCGGCUGGUGGCUCGACAUUUGUUCACUGGAGAUGUUUGAUGCCACUCUGAAGGACAGGGAGCAGAGCUUUGACUCUGCUCCUGGCACCACCAUGUUCCUCCACUGGCUGGUCGGUAUGGUCUAUGUCUUCUACUUCGCCUCCUUCAUCCUUUUGCUCAGAGAGGUUCUCCGGCCAGGUGUGCUGUGGUUCUUGAGAAACCUGAACGAUCCAGACUUUAACCCAGUCCAAGAGAUGAUCCAUCUGCCCAUCUAUAGACACCUGCGGAGGUUCAUACUCUCUGUGGUGGUGUUUGGCUCCAUUGUUCUCCUGAUGCUUUGGCUUCCUAUCAGAAUCAUUAAGCUGCUCUUCCCAAACUUUCUUCCCUACAACGUCAUGCUUUAUAGUGACGCCCCGGUCAGCGAGCUGUCGUUGGAGCUGCUGCUGCUUCAGGUGGUUCUGCCAGCACUGUUGGAGCAGGGUCACACUCGCCAGUGGCUCAAGCGCCUCAUCCACGCCUGGACAUUCACAGCUGGAUAUGUGCUUGAUCUUCACUCCUACCUGCUGGGAGACCAUGAAGAAGAUGACAACCAACAAAAUAACCAUCCCGGUCGUGUUAACAACCACCGGAUCCCGGGCCUCGGGGAAGGGCUUCACGCUGCCCAUCAGGCUAUUCUGCAGCAGGGUGGCCCCGUUGGUUUCCAGCCGUACCACCGGCCCAUCAACUUCCCCCUAAAGAUCAUUCUGUUGGUUGUCUUCAUGUGUGUCACACUGUUAUUAGCAAGUCUGAUCUGCCUCACACUGCCAGUGUUUGUGGGUCGUUGGCUGAUGUCCUUCUGGAUGGGCAGCGCCAUGGUUCAUGAGCUGUACACAGCAGCCAGCGGUCUAUACGUCUGCUGGCUGUCUAUUCGAGCUGCCACAGUGUUGCUGUCUUGGAUGCCACAGGGACGGACGGUCAUCAUGCUCAAAGUCCACGAGUGGACGCUCAUGAUCCUUAAGACGGUGGUGGUAGCCCUGCUGUUAGCUGCGGUAAUUCCUCUGCUCUUGGGUCUGCUGUUUGAGCUGGUCAUUGUUGCUCCUCUCAGAGUGCCACUAGACCAGACGCCCCUCUUCUACCCCUGGCAGGACUGGGCGUUGGGUGUGCUUCAUGCUAAAAUCAUCGCUGCUAUAACACUGAUGGGCCCUCAGUGGUGGCUUAAAACUGUUAUUGAGCAGGUGUAUGCUAACGGUAUCAGAAAUAUUGACCUCCAUUUCAUUGUGCGUAGGCUGGCUGCCCCAGUCAUCUGUGUGCUGCUGCUGUGUCUCUGUUUGCCCUACACAGUCUCUAAAGGUGUAACACCACUGUUAGGAGUACAGCCAGAGAUGCAGACACUUGUGGAGAGGAGAAUCUAUCCGUUCCUGCUGAUGGUCUUCAUCCUGUUGGCCAUCCUGUCGUUUCAGAUACGACAGUUCAAACGCCUCUAUGAACACAUCAAAAAUGACAAGUACCUGGUUGGACAGCGACUGGUGAACUAUGAACGUAAGGCAGGCAGGAGCGUGUCCUCGUCCUCCUACAGCACCUCCUCAUAGACUCAACCGUGUUGUGGGAUCAGUGGAGGGCACUCACACUAGCCCACCACCAGUAGCCACCAUCAACAUAUUGCGGUGAAACCUCUUUUGUUUUCUUCCUGCUCGGCUGUCGGCUUCAAACCAGCCUGUAAACAGUGCAGCCGAGUCCUUUAAUUCGGCCCCACACACCGCAGUCGCAGGGACAGGUUAGAGAUGGGAGGCAGACGGAGCCUGAUCAUCAAACCUGCAGAAGCUGUCAGCGUGACUGAAACUCGUCAACUGUCCAUCCUGGUAAACGUUCAUGUCCAACGCAGCUGAAGUUUUCAUUUGUAUUUCACUUGUUUUUAAAAGGCUUUGUGUUGAAGUCAGAUUUUUUUUACCUCAGACUGUGCUUCCCUUUGAGUGAAUGUUGUAAAAUAGUGUCUGGGUCACACUUUGUUUAGGCCUGUGCAUAACCACAACAAGAAUGCCUCUCUGUUCCUGUGUGCAUCAGCAAGUUUUCCUCACCUCCCUUUAUCAGAAUGAAGUAGUGAUGAGGAGAGACAUGAAUGACGUAGCAAUGUGAUUGUAUUUUUUUCUUUUUUAGUGUUUUUUAUUAGAUGUGUGCGUUCAUAGAUUUAUUUAUUUUAUUUUUUUAAUUAUUUUUUUUUUUUUAGUCUUGUGUAUUUCUUGGGUGAGCUGAUAGAUGACCCUUUGACCCCUUUUUUUGUUUUGUUUUGUUUUUGAGGCAUGGGCCUGUAAGUUUGGACAUCAGUCUGAUUUUUAAAAUGAAGCAAAUUCACCUUCUAGAAAGGAGAGGGUCUAAACCUGAGAAUAGAAAAAGUCACAGCACAGAACAAAUGAGUUUUCAGCUCUCUCCAUUCAAUUUUAAAUGUUUUUCACACCCAAACGGCACGGGAGCACCGCAGGUGUUUGAGCUCAUUUCUGCAAAUGCUUCCAUCGAUGAGCAGAGGAUGACACGCGGGCAAACUGUUUACACCAUGGCUGCCACCGGCUGCUUUGCAAGUGAUGUGACUGCAUUUCUUUAUGCUAAAACCCUGGACUGGGCUUUUUUACAUUUACCCACCCUGCAGCCUGAUUGGAGGAAAGGGUUUCAGUAGAGAAAGUGGGACAUAACUGGAGGCAAAAUGUUCUUCCCAGCUUAAUGUGGACUGGCUGUUGUGUUUUGGGGGUUUUUUUUGUUGUUGUUGUUGUUGUUGUUGUUUUGUUUGUUUUUAAUACAUCACUCUUAGAGGGACUUGGAGAUGACAGAGCUGGCAGUGCUGCUAAUCAGCUACUCACACUAACCUGAAAAUCAGCUGUAUAAAAUAAGAAACAUGACUAAUGAAGUGAACUGGAAAACUCGAGCACCCCUCACACAGAGCCAGCUUGUGUCGGUGCUUUAUUUACUUCCUGAUUUACUUGCUCUGAUUAAUCAUGUAAUUGCUGUGACUUGCUAAGCUCAGUCAGGUCAUGACGUAGCACAUUUAAUCAAUUUAGUUACCAAGUAACACCCUAAUGCUGGCUUCACAUUAAACUUUUUUCUAUUUCUGUAAGGUAGAUGGAGAUGGGCUCGUUGCGAUGUCUGAUGUGUUUAGUGUCUCCACUGAGAGACAGGUGCAGCUUGCCCAACUGACUGUCACUGCAGGACCUGCAAAGCAGAAAUUGCUGAAUGGUGUAUCCAUAGAUUUUUAGUUUUUUGGCCCAUCACUGCAGCGUCCCUACAAUUGUGCUCCAUGCUCCUGUUGGUUAGUGCACCGCGGAGUGAGACAGUUGGUUAAAGACAGUGUCGUCUGUUUACGGAAAAACUCUUCACAGCACAAGUGAGGGUGUAGAUUCCACAUCUUUUAGGUUACUGAGACGAGCUUUGACGGAGCUGAGAGUUUUCUGCAUCCCUAAUUUAAAAUGAGUUAACCUACAAAGUAGUUUUUAGCUUAGCUGUUACUAAAUAUUAUUAAGACUUCCAGGUGUUGCUGUUGCAUAGCUAACAUUAGGUAGAGCAGUUUGUGGUGAAGUAAAAGAGGGGUUUUGUUUUGUUUUCUUUCCGGGCACAUGAUGAAUAUGCUAGCUUCUCUGGCAGAAGAGGAGAGAAGAAAUGAGCUGAAACUGACCCGCAUUCACAUCUUCACCUGCUCACAGGUCCUUAAGGUGAUUUCAGAGGGUGAACGGAUUAUUCUCUCCAUUCUCAUGUAAGAAAUUCACUGUUAAUUGAAAAUAAGCCUUGAAUAGCAGGAAGCUGGAAGAAGAUUUCAGAAGGUGGCUCGUCCUCGAUUAUGUAACACUAACAUUCACCUCUGGUUGUUCUUGUGUCCUGCAUACUUAGUAUAGGCAUGCAUGAAAUGAGCAGACUGUAUCUGUAAACCAGCAUAAGUACUGCAAAGAAACUGUCUUAAAUUGAAAUGAGAAGUUUGAAUGACACCUGCAUGAUGCUGAUUUUUUUUUUUUUUUUUUUGUGUGUGUGUUUCUGUGAAACUGGUUUGCAAUUUUAAGGAAUAGUUGAACAUUCUUUGAUGGGCUGGUUUCAUGAGAACAUUGAUACCACAGUAAAGUCAGAGAGUAGUGAGACUGUUAGCUUUAAGUCAAAUGGCAACAGACGCCACCCACUGCACCUGUAAAGGUUAAUGACUGAUUAAUAAAUUAAAUGUACAAUUUUUCAGUUUCACAAACUGGAACAAGUCACAAAAAAUGACUCUUUUAUGAAAAAGCCAACAUGUUCCAUGUAAUCUCCUUGUAUUUUCUUAGAUCACUAUACGUGUUGACUAAGUGCAGGGACGUCUGAAGACUGUAGGAGGUAUUCUCAUGUAACUUCUGUCCUAAAUGUGAAGAAUCGUUUCCCCAGAGUCGCAUUUCACUUUCUACAAAUAGCUAUACUCACUGUGCAUGUGGAAAAGUCAUUGUCUGAGAUUUGUCCUCCCACUGUCUUACUUGUGUGACCACAUUGUUUGCUAUGCUGCCCAGCGUUUCUCCUUUCACAUGGCAGAGUUGUGAUGUGUCAUAAGUGUAGAUCCAGUCCAGAACGAAAGCAGACAAUUGGGUUUUAGAAAAGAUUUAUUUUCACUGAGUGAAACGAGCUCCGGCUAUUUUCUGAAUCAUUUUUUGUUUCUAAUGAGAACAUAAAACGAAUUCUGAUGUUUAAAAUCUCAAAAGAAUCAUUUGUACCAUUUUAAGCGACUUGAUUUGCUAACUACUUAUUUUUUUUAUGCAAAUGUUUUAAUGUUUUGCACCUUGUACCACACUUUACAAUCAUUUCAGAACCCACUGUAACACAGUCAUGCUAGCUUCAUUUAUUUUAGCCCCAAUGAGACUGAAAUGUGUCCGUAUCUGACUGUAUACAGUAGCUUUUACUUAAAUCAUAGGUUUUCCCCAACACUGAAUUAUUAGUGUAAUAAGUACAAACUGCUUUUCUAUCGAUUGUGAAUGACAUUAACUUUAGUGCUACUUUAGCUGUAGUGCUACUGCUGUGUGGAGUGCUCAACUUAUAUAAAUAUAUGAUGCUAUAAAGUGACCUUUUUAGUCUUUCAACUGAGGUGGACACUUUGAAUUUUAGUGUUGAAUUUUUAGAAGAAAUAAUUUCUAUUUUUAUAUGUGGAAAAAGGCAGUGGCAUGUACUGUAACAUAAAGGUAUAUACUUAAAGCUCUACUGAUUGUUGGUUCAGUCAUAUGAAACAUAAUAAAUGCUUGAAAAGAU